AUGGCUGGCCGGAAACUGCAGGGAUCCAGUCUGUGGAUAUACUAUCUGCUUAGUAUCUGGGUAAUCGGCAUAGAAGCUGGCUUGGUCGAUGUUGCCAGCUGCUCAGAUUUCAAACAACACAGCUAUACAGAUGACAGCGUGACAAGCUAUGGCAACGCAUUAAGAGAUAUCGAAACGGCUCUCAGCGAGACGGCCGAAAUGGUGGUCGAGGCUAACAAUGCGAUCCUAGCUGUCAAAGAAAAAAAGGCUACAUGGUUUGAGAGGACACGAACUGUGCUACCUUUUCUGACUCUCCAGGUCGAUGAUCCUGCUAACCAGCAGGCACGCUGGGAUGCUGUUUUUAAAAGAACUCGGAUACUUAGGGGCUUACUAGAGGCUCGUGAUAGUCAACGGACGAAAAUCUAUUGCGGAGACGCUCACCUAGUGAAAUAUCUGAUUCUUAGCGAUGGAUCAACCGUCAAAAGCCUACCUGAGGAUGAUGACAGCGAAGAGACGGUAGUUGGGUUCAAGUAUUAUGACCCAAUCAUAGCGCAAGACCCUGAAGCCGACGUGUGGUGGCCAGAAAACGUUCGAGCUUGUGAUCCUGCCAAUCGCGAGAUGGCAGCGACAGUUAAUUUCCACUAUAUACUUGUGUGUCAUUCAGCAUUGGAGCAGAGCGGUUUGACUAUUGGCGACAAUCACUUGAUUGACUGGGGCGAUUCUCAAUAUGGUAAGCCGAGUAGUAUGUGGAGGAAGCAAUACUUAAGCUACUGGGCUGGCCACACAAGUUUUACGCUUCUCCACGAGCUUAUCCAUCUGUUCUUUCUCUGCCGUGAUCACCCUCUUGACCCGCCCGUCAAGAACGAGUACAAUAACAAGAUGCUACAUGAGGCUUAUGGCUAUUAUGGUGCAGCUGGACUAUUAUCUCAAAAACCUUCUAUGGUUGAGACUAAUGUUGAUAGCACUGGAAUUUUAUUCUUGGCAUGGUUCAUGAAGCUCUGUAAUUGGAGCGAGGGGACGGCUGAAAAUGAGAAAUACAUGAGCGACGAAUGCAAUUAG